AUGCCAAGAUCGAUUGCUCAGUCAUCAUCGACGCACAGCAGCAAUGUGGCCUCUUCGUCAGCUGGGGUUGCCAGCAGUUCUAGUGAUGGUGCUGGUGGUGACAACCGAGAUGAAGCUGCAGCAGCGGCGGCUCGGGAAGCUGAGCGUAAAGCUGCCACCGAGAGGCGCCAUCUUCUGGACCAGGUUGCACGCCGAGCACUCUUUGAGCUCUGUAUGUUAUUCUGGGAAGCCCACGUCAAGUUUCGGGUUUCAGACGGAAGAGCAGUCAGAGCGAGAGUGGAUGCACAGCGACGCAACUGGCAGCAUCUUGAACCCGGAGAUGUAUAUGCCAUCCUGGCGCCACAGAUGGAACAGCAGGAGUUCGAAAGGCUACAUGAGGAGUAUGGAUUUUUGGGAGGACUCUUUGACCAAGGAGUGCGAGAAAACGAUGAAAGUUGGAUAUGCUCCACCGGAGCCUCUGCCGAUCCUCCGAAGCAUUUAUACUUCCAGCACCUCAGCCGACUGGCCCAGCCAAACUUGCAGAGGGGCAUUGUGGGACACCGAGCCCGUACGCUCAUGGCCCGGCUCUUGGAGCUACUGGAGAACAAACUGUAUGUCCCUGCCAUGUAUGCCCUAUUCCCUCUGCUCGGAAUGGAUGGACAACGUGCCUUUCAGCAGUGGUUUGUUCGGUACUCACUGGGAAUACCUCCCGAUGACGCCGACCUGCCAGAUGAGGUUCAGCCAGCCGCAGCGCGAUCAACCAGUGGAGCAGCCGGCUCCAGCACGGAAGUGACAGCUGCCCUCAAAGGCCUUCCGUCGGGCAAAGCGGUGCCCGCUUCACUCCCACCUGCGGUGCUGUGGAAAGAGGCGGCCGACUUGAUGGCGCCUGACAUUGCAGUGCAAAUUAACAGCUGGCUGGCUGAUAUGCUUGCCAAAGCAAUCGCUGUUAUUCUCAAGCAGAGAUUGCAGCCAGCAGCGGACGCACUCUUGUCGGAGUUGCCUCAAUUCGCCUACCUGCAGAACAGAUCGGCUCAGGAUGCGCUGGAACUGUCAGCGUUUGCCGACGACUGGCUCUUUCAAUGGGUCAUCAAUAAGCCAGAGGAUGUAGUUAGAGCGGUGCGAUUGGAACAUGUGUCUCGCAAGCAUGGCAAAGGCCGGGUCAUCAAGAUUGAGCUGCCGAGCUGGCUAGCAGAGCGUAGAGCCACAGUCUUCAGCCCGUGUCAGUGGAAACUAAUGGCCGGCAUGGAGGCGGAACUGCAGGACGAGCCCGGGACGGAGCUGUUGUCUGCCCAGAAGCAGAUGGCGAUGAUCCAGAGCAUGGCCAAGGCCAACCCCACCGGCAACCUGGGAGCGGGAGCGCAGCAAGUUCAGCAGGAGGAGGAGCGCCAGAACACCUCGGAGCCUUCAGCCCCCUCAGCGCCGACGCCGUCGCAAAUGGACACCAGCAACCGGGACCACAAGCGCGGCUACCACACCGAGCAGCAGAAGGAGACGGCAACGGUCACGGAAAGGGCCCCAACAAGCCACAAGAACGACUACUGGAGCAAGCAGUCAUGGGACAAGGGCCAGGACAAGGAAACGGCCCAACUGGCCAAGCUCUGCACCUCGAUGGCUCGCCUCGUUCUUCGUCACGAGGACCAACAGUCGAUCGACCGCUCGGAGAAGGGAUUUAUUCUUUUCUGCCAAGCGAAGGGACUCCUCUCCAUUGUCCCGGAUUUGAAGAGGACGGCAGAAGCCUGGACGCAGCAGAAGGAGCAGACACCGGAGCAACUCACGCUCCCCAUGCGGUCAGCUCUCCUGCACCAGCUCGUGGAGGUCUGGUACACCAGGAUGGAGGCGGUUCCCCAGACGGAGGAAUCGCGCCAGAAUGCCCGGGAAAUGCUUAUCCUGGACAGCUCCGGCAACGUACCCUAUCUCCAGUACAACCGGGAGGAGCAGAAGCUCGAGAUCAAGAAGGACCGCGACCCAAUGACACUGGAGCGCACCCUCGAAAUGCUCCUGGAGCUCAAGGACCUGGUGUUGCUGCCGCUGACCACGCUGCGGUUCCACGCGGCCCGACGCAGGGCCUUGCAGAAUCCCGGGGAGAUCGUUCCCAUGAUGCUGGAGGUGGGCCUCCGGACUUCGGAGGCGGAUCGGGCAUGGAACAUCCUGGCUCGACUGAGCCACAGUGGAGCCUGCAGAGCAGUGGCACUGAGCAUGCGCCAAGAACGCCUGGGCCGCUCCAUGCUCGCCCAGAACCUGCAGAAGAUUCUCGAGGAACUGUCAGGAGCCUAG